AUGUACAAUGUUUUUGUCAUUAUGAGUGUUUGGUCAAGUCCAAAAGUCUUAUUUAAUAGUGUCAUUGUGACCACUAUUAUCAUUCUUCAUCGAUCAAAAAAACCUAUUAAUUUCUAUCAUUACUACUACAACAAAUUAGUAUUAUCUAUAAAAUGGCUAAGUAAUCAAUACCGUCUUGCUUUACCAACCGAUGAAGCUUCAUUGUGUGCCAUUUCAGGUAUCACAUGCACAGUGGAAAAUGGAGAGAAACAUUUUACUUCUAUUACAUUGCAAUCAACUAAUAUUGCCAAUCAACCAUUACCAACAGCCACAGUUUUAGAUUUCCCAGAACUAACACAUCUCUCCUUGAGUUGUGGAAUGGGUUUGGGAGAUGCCGCAACUGCUUUGUCUCCAAUAACAGGAUUGGACAAACUCAAAAAGAUUUUAAUUACUUGUUAUGCUAUUACUAGCAUUCCUCCAUCCUUUCCAGGUGCUCUACAAAGCUUGACUGAAUUAAACCUGUAUAGUUUUGGAACAACUAAUAUACCAGUGACAGUAUUCCAAAAUACCAAAGCUCAAUCAAUGAGACUUAUUUCUUUUAACAACUUGGUAUCAAUCAAUUUUCCUACAGAUGGUCAACUAUCAUUAAAAUAUUUGGAACUCUCUCUUCCAUUAAAUCAACCAACCAUUAGUUUUAAUUUACCAUCAACUAGCUUUAAACAAAUCGAUGCAUUGUAUUUACAAAUGGGGGAUGCAAAUUAUGAUAUUCAAAUAGAUUGCAAAGUUGGCCAAUUGAAUUUACGAGGACCACAAUCUCUAAUCAAUUCUUUAAAUGUUCCAGGUGUAUCAAAUAUAAUGCGAUGGGAAACAAAGGUAUCACCAAAUUAUAGUAUUACACCAAAUAUGAUACCAAAUGUUGAACAUCUUGUAAUGGGUCCACUAACAUCGACCGAUCCACUGACACCCACAAUUACUCUUAAUGUUCUUGCUCCAAUCUCUGAGCUAGCUAUUUUCAAUUCUAAUCUAGUUGUAUCAAGUAUACCAUCAUCAUUAAGUGCCUUGCAAUUUACACAACCUGUCAAUGACAACCCAAUUGGUAUAGCUGGAUUUGAUACCUAUUCAAAUAUAUCAAGAUUGACUUUUGAUACGGUUAAACAAGUUUUACCUCUACCAAAAAAUAUUCAAACUUUUGCUAUGGCAAAUCCACCUUUGGCAAUCACUUCAUUACCACCAGCUAGUGAUUUUGAACGACCUAUUCAACAAUUUUGGAUUCGAAAUAGUACUUUUAUUACUGGAACUAUUCCAUCGUAUCAAUUCUCAUCACUGACUUUUCCUCAGCUAAUUUUAAUGGAAUUACCCGCAUUGGUUGGUUCAGUACCAGAGUUGUUUUGUUCAACUCUCUAUAGUUUGGUUAUUUCAGAUACUGGUAUUUCAAAAGUCCCAGAAUGUUUCAAGUGUAAAUGGGUAGAUACAACUCCAAGGUUUAGAUCUGUUUUAUCAACACCUGUCAUCAAUUCAAUUACUCCAUCAUCUUAUUGUGGUCAAACAUUUGAUUCUACAACUCCAUUUAUUUUUGUUAAUGAGGUUUCACAAGUGGUUAAAUUGACAGGUAGUGCUUUGGGAUAUGCAUACAAACCAACUAGUGGAAACACUGUAUCAACUGCACUUGAAAUGAAAGUACCAAAUACUCUUUUCGAAUACACAAUCACUCAAGCACAAUUAAUCAAUAGAAAUGAAACCAUUAGCUUUGGAACAUUAAAUCAAUUCAAUGGAUUAAAUCCUAAAUUGGUUACAUAUCCAAUCACAUGGAAAUUAUUUUAUACAACAAAGACUAGUUUUAGUAAACUACCAAAUGCACUUGGAGUUGUAAUGGAAGGAUAUUUUGAUGUUGGUCAACCCACGAUCACUGUAGAGUCUAUUGAAUGUACAGUUACAUCAUUUUCAAUCAAUAGUAUUAGUACUACUUGUCCAAUCAUUCCAAAUACCAAUAUAUUGAAUUUUAAUCUAACAGCACCUGUUCUCAAUAAUGUAUCAUCUUUAUUUAGUACCCCUUUUGUUAUUAGUCCAAUAAGUCAAUUUUUUAUUUCAUCGAUUCAAUAUAAUCAAAAGAUUGGUGAUACACAAAUCGCUAUUAAUGGUCAAUUUGGAACGAAUAAUAUUUAUCAUGUAAUACUGAAUCCAACAACUGCCAAUCCAAUCACUUGCAACCUUCUAGUAAAUACUACAACGUCAAUUAUUUGUUCUACAAACUCUAGAUUGUCCGAUCUCAAUGAAUAUUUUGUUCAAGUCACUGCUGAUGGAAUUCCUUCUUGGACUCCUACUCCACAGAAUAUUUCUUUUAUUUUUAAACAAUCAUACCCAUAUAUUAAUUCAAUUCCAUUUACAAAUGUUGGAAAUGCAACAAAGGUAUCGAUUUAUGGUCAAUUUGGAACAAAAUUAUUCAAUGUAUCAGUAUUGAUUGAUAAUGUUAAUUGUCCAAUUUUAAGUGUCAAUUCAUCAUUUAUUGAAUGUGAGAUUAAUAUGACCACUUCUGGAGUUAAACCAAUUCUAGUUUCAGUUGAUAAUUGGAUUUAUUCAAGAAAUGAUAUCAUGGUAUUCGUGGCUGCCCCAGCCACUCCAGGUGAUCCAUCACCAUCAUGUCAAUGUACUAGUCAUGGUACUUGUUUAUCAAAUGGUCAAUGUCAAUGUUUUGAUGAUUAUUCUGGUCCUCUUUGUCAAUUUCCACCAUUCAUAAAUGGAGGUAAUAUGACAAAUAAUGAAACAGAUCCAUCGGUUGAAUUUCAAGGUGGAAAAUUCUCAUUUAAUUUAGUAUCGAUUAGAGAGAUUGGAAUGGAUGGUUCUACAAUCAUUCAAGAAAUGAAUCAAUUUAAUUGGAUUUAUUCAAAUUUGACAGUUGACAAUGUUGAUUUAUUUAUUUAUAAACAUAAUAUAUCAACCAAUUCAAACUCAUCAAUACUAGAGAUGGAAGCUGUCAUUCAACAAUCUAAAUCAUCACGUACAGUUACAUUUGCAGGAAUCACAACAACACUUGCAGCCAAUUCAAUUAAAUUGACUAUUAAUAUAACCAAUUGGCCAUAUGUAUCAACACUCAAUUCAUUGGUAGCUGUAUUCUCUUCAGAUAUUGGUGAUGUAAAUGAUUGUUUUGGUAACAAGAUCAAUGCAACUGUAAUGUCUGAUAUCGAUAUACAAUCAGUAAAAUACCUUCAAAUUGUCAAAGAUAAUGUUAUAUUUUAUGGAUCAUUCCUUGAUAGAGUAUUAUCUGAUGGUAGAGUUGCCUAUUCAAGAAAUCAACUCUUGUCUAUGGAUGACAGCCAACAAGAAGGAAAGGUAUUAAUUGGAAUUAGUCUACCUUAUUGUAAGGAAUUCCUACCAGUUGAUGAAAGUGGAUCAACAACUUGUUCUUCAUCUAAAUCAUCAGACACAUGGAAGAUUAUCACUGGUAGUGUUAUCGGUGGAGCCGUCCUAAUCACUUUAAUCAUAGCAACAACUAGACUUUUAUUAAAGAAAUCAACUAUAGUGUAUCAAUCUAAUCAAGUCUAUUCACAAACAAUAUCUACAAGUGAAUGUUUACCAACCGAUGAAGCUUCAUUGUGUGCCACUGGAGGUAUCACAUGUACAGUGUCAAAUGGAGAGAAACAUUUUACUUCUAUUAUGUUGACAUCAAGUGUUAAUGCCAAUCAACCAUUACCUAUACCAAAGAUUUUAGAUUUCCCACAACUAACACUACUCAGCUUGACUUGUAUGGCCACCACUGUUUUGGGAGACGCUCCAACUGCAUUGUCUCCACUAAUAGGAUUAAACAAAAUCACAGAGAUUCAUAUUGAUUGUCGUCCCAUUACUAUUAUUCCUGCAUCCUUUCCUGGUAAUCUACCAAGUUUGACGAGUCUGACCUUGUUGAAUUUAGCAGCGACCAAUAUACCAGUGACAGUCUUUCAAAAUACAAAGGUUCAAAUAUUGAAACUUACUGGGUUCAACAGCUUGGUAUCAAUCAAUCUUCCCACAGACGGUCAACUAUCAUUACAAUAUCUUUAUCUUUCCCUCCCAGUUUUAAAUCAACCAACCAUUAGUUUCAAUAUGUUAUCAAACAACUUUAAAAAUAUUACCAUAUUGUAUUUAUAUUUGGGUGAUGCCAUCUAUGACAUUCAAAUCUAUGCAAAAGUUGAAAAUUUAAAUUUACUUGGACCAGAAUCUUUAAUCAAUUCUUUAUUCUUACCUGGUGUAACUAAUAUAAUGCAAUGGCAAUCAAAGGUACCACCAAACCUUAAUAUUACACCCAAUAUAUUACCAAAUUGGGGACGUUUGAAUAUUGGACCAGUUACAUCGGCUGAUGUAAUCACAACUACUAUUACUCUUAGUGUUACUGCUCCCAUCUAUGAGUUAUCCAUUUCAAAUAGUAAUCUAGUUUUAACAAGUUUACCUACAACUGUAAACACCUUUUAUUUAUCAUAUCCUGCCAAUGAUAACCCAAUUGAUGUAGCGGGAUUUGAUACCUAUUCAAAUAUUACAACUUUGGCGUUUGAUUCUGUCAAACAAGUUUUACCUCUACCAAAAAAUAUUCAAUCAUAUUCAAUAAGAAAUCCAUCUUUGGCAAUCACUUCAUUACCACCAGUAACUGAUUUUAACUUACCAAUUUAUCAGUUUUGGUUUAGAGAUACUACCUCUAUUUCUGGAACUAUACCAUCUUAUAAUUUUGGUUCAAAGGUUGGUGUCCCAAAAUUAGUUUUAAAUAAUUUACCUGCAUUGGUUAGUCCAAUACCAGAGUUGUUUUGUUCAACUGUCUAUGAUUUGGAUAUUACAGACACUGGUAUUUCAAAAGUCCCAGAAUGUUUCAAGUGUAAAUGGGUAAAUACAACUCCAAGGUUUAGAUCUGUUUUAUCAGCCCAUGCCAUCAAUUCAAUUACUCCAUCAUCUUAUUGUGGUCAAACAUUUGAUUCUACAACUCCAUUUACUUUUGUUAAUCAGGUUGCACAAGUGGUUAAAUUGACAGGUAGUGCUUUGGGAUAUGCAUACAAACCAACUAGUGGAAAUACUGUAUCAACUGCACUUGAAAUGAAAGUACCAAAUACUCUUUUCGAAUACACAAUCACUCAAGCACAACUUAUCAAUAGAAAUGCAAUGGUUAAUUUUGGAACAUUAAAUCAAUUCAAUGGAUUAAAUCCUAAAUUGAUUUCAUAUCAAAUCAAUUGGAAUUUAUUUUAUACAAUAAAGACUAGUUUUAGUCAACUACCAAAUGCACUUGGAGUUGUAAUGGAAGGAUAUUUUGAUGUUGGUCAACCUACUAUCACUGUAGAGUCUGUUGAAUGUAUAGUUACAUCAUUUGCUGUUAAUAGUAUUACUUCUACUUGUCCAAUCAUUCCAAAUACCAAUAUAUUGAAUUUUAAUCUAACAGCACCUGGUGGCAAUAAUGUAAUAUCCUCUUAUAUUGCCUCUUUUGUUAGUCCAAUAAGUCAAUUUUAUAUUUUGUCAAUUCAAUUUGAUCAAAAGAUUGGUGAUACACAAAUCAUUAUUGAUGGUCAAUUUGGAACGAGUAAUAUUUAUCAUGUAUUAUUAAAUCCAAGAGCAGGUCAAUCAAUACCUUGCAAUAUUCAAUCAAAUACUACAUCGUCAAUUAUUUGUUCAACAAACUCUAGAUUGUCCGAUCUCAAUGAAUAUUUUGUUCAAGUAACUGCUGAUGGAAUUCCUUCAUGGAUUCCUACUCCACAGAAUAUUUCUUUUAUUUUUAAACAAUCAUACCCAUAUAUUAAUUCAAUUCCAAUUACUACUAUUGGAAACGCAACAAAGGUAUCGAUUUAUGGUCAAUUUGGAACAAUAUUAUCAAAUGUAUCAGUAUUGAUUGAUAAUGUUAAUUGUCCAAUUUUAAGUGCCAAUACAUCAUUUAUUGGAUGUGAGAUUACUAUGACCACUGCUGGAGUUAAACCAAUUCUAGUUUCAGUUGAUAAUUGGAUUUAUUCAAGAAAUGAUAUCAUGGUAUUCGUGGCUGCUCCAGCCACUCCAGGAAAUCCAUCACCAUCAUGUCAAUGUACUAGUCAUGGUACUUGUUUAUCAAAUGGUCAAUGUCAAUGUUUUGAUGAUUAUUCUGGUCCUCUUUGUCAAUUUCCACCAUUAAUAAAUGGAGGUAAUAUGACAAAUAAUGAAACAGAUCCAUCGGUUGAAUUUCAAGGUGGAAAAUUCUCAUUUAAUUUAGUAUCGAUUAGAGAGAUUGGAAUGGAUGGUUCUACAAUCAUUCAAGAAAUGAAUCAAUUUAAUUGGAUUUAUUCAAAUUUGACAGUUGAUAAUGUUGAUUUAUUUAUUUAUAAACAUAAUAUAUCAACCAAUUCAAAUUCAUCAAUACUAGAGAUGGAAGCUGUCAUUCAACAAUCCAAAUCAUCACGUACAGUUACAUUUGCAGGAAUCACAACAACACUUGCAGCCAAUUCAAUUAAAUUGACUAUUAAUAUAACCAAUUGGCCAUAUGUAUCAACACUCAAUUCAUUGGUAGCUGUAUUCUCUUCAGAUAUUGGUGAUGUAAAUGAUUGUUUUGGUAACAAGAUCAAUGCAACUGUAAUGUCUGAAAUUGAUAUACAAUCAGUAAAAUACCUUCAAAUUGUCAAAGAUAAUGUUAUAUUUUAUGGAUCAUUCCUUGAUAGAGUAUUAUCUGAUGGUAGAGUUGCCUAUUCAAGAAAUCAACUCUUGUCUAUGGAUGACAACCAAGAAGGAAAGGUAUUAAUUGGAAUUAGUCUACCUUAUUGUAAGGAAUGUAUUAUAGACCCAGACUUUUCUUUAGUCCUACCAGUUGAUGAAAGUGGAUCAACAACUUGUUCUUCAUCUAAAUCAUCAGACACAUGGAAGAUUAUCACUGGUAGUGUUAUCGGUGGAGCCGUCCUAAUCACUUUAAUCAUAGCAACAACUAGACUUUUAUUAAAGAAAUCAACUAGUUUAAAGGUUUUCAAAAUGAAAUUAUUUAAAUAA